AUGCUAGCCCUGCUCGUUGGCAACUUCCUGCACGUCUGCCAGGCUCGGGGUGGGGUGGUCAGUAUCAUCAGCGAAUCAAGUGUGAUAAUCCUGGUCGGCUUUCUGCUCGGCGUGAUCUUGCCGACGGAUGGCUCCAUAUUGUGUUGGGCAAUGGGCAACGUUGACGUCAAUACAGAAGGGCUGGUGAUGGCAUCUAUCUUGAACCUCUUCUUGCUUCCGGUCAUUAUUUUCGAGGCUGGUUGGUCCAUGACCCACAGGGACUUCAUCAACCAGCUGUUGACGAUUCUCACGUUUGCGGUCUUCGGCACGCUGAUCUCGAUGCUGGUAGUUGGGUUAUUGAUUAUGCAAACCUGCAGUAUUCAUGGCGUCUGCUCCGCGCGCACAGCAUUUACCUAUGCAGCGUUGAUCUCAGCUGUGGAUCCCGUGGCCACCUUGGCCACCUAUGCGCACCUGCAAGUCGAUCCACUUCUGAAUAUCAUCGUCUUUGGAGAGUCGGUGGUGAAUGAUGCAGUCGCUAUCGUGCUAUUCCGAGUCCUUAACAGUGAAACGGAGAACUUUUCGGACAUGAGUCUUAACGCCGUCAGCCUUCGCAUAGGGUCCCAGACUCUUCUGCUCCUGUUCGGUUCAGUCGGUCUGGGCAUCGCCUUGGGAUUCUUGCUGAUGCUAACGACUCGCUACUGCCGUCUAGCUGACCAUACUUCCAGUUGUGUGCUGUUCGUCUUUGUCUCCAGCUUCUUCAUCUAUUGCUUUGCUGAGCGCGUGUGCUCCAUGUCAGGGAUUAUCACUGUCUUGUUCGCUUCGAUGUUCGCAAGCGGCUUCGCCAAGCAGCAGUUCUCAAAGGAGGCAUCCAUGUUUUGCGCCUUUGCUUUGAAGCAGGCGGCAACUCUGUCAGACAUGGUGGUCUUCCUUUUCGUUGGCAUUACAGCCGUAUACUGCGAUCGCAGAGGCCUUGUCUUUGGAAGUCUGGUCAUCGCCUUCUGCCUCCUCGGAAGGGCAGCAGCCGUUGUGCCGCUUGCGCUGUUCACAAACGGCUGCAAGGCUGUGAUGAGCCGUGGCGAGUCGUGGGGGAAGUCGCUGAGACUUAAUUGGAAGAAGAUCUUCAUGAUGUGGCAUGCGGGCCUGCGUGGUGGAAUUGCUUUGGUCCUCACGCUGGAGCUGGAGAAGUGGGUGGAUGAGGAUGCUCCUGGAACGAGGGACACCCUUCGCAAUGCCACAAUCUUCAUCAUAGUCUUUUUCCUGCUCUUCUUUGGCAGCCGAACGGCAUUUAGCAACAAGAUUCCUGGUUGGCUUUGCGGGUGCUUUUACACCCAGUGUGAUUGA